CCUCCUCCUUUCUUCCGUUUGCCCCCCGAUCAACCUCAGAUCGAAUCUACUACAACUUUACGAACCCUCUCUUACAACUCUACCGGUACCAAGAAAUACUUUUUCGAUGGACUGUGCAGCAGAGAACUACAUCCCCAGAGAAGAUAACAAGAUUUCCCCUAUUUUUCCACACAAUAUUCCAGCCAUGGUUGCCCCAUCUCUUGUUCGGUAGAUUGAUGGCUCGUUCUCGAGACAUCGUGGCCCCUUAUCCGUUUUCCAUCAUGGAGGGUCCUAUUUUAUUACGACCGCUUGGUACACGUCUAUUGUUGAAAGAAGGAAGCUACGACUCUUUUACGUCGCGGUUCUCUGUCACGAUCAGCCCGUUUUGUGUUAGGCCCCACCCUUGCCCUAUGACCUCUCCUCACUGAGGCCUGUGGAGCAUUCUAUUUCACCGAAAUACAAUAUCGCGACGUCAAACAAAAAACUCGGCGCGUGUAGAAAAAAAGAGCCCUACGUCCAUCCCGCUCCUCACCACCGACCAAUUUAAAUAACCUUUCCUCUCUACCCUCUCCCUCUUCCACCCACCAAACACAACAGGUUCGAAGCGCUUGCAAUUUUAUCUCUUGCAAAAAAAAAAAUCCCGAUACGAUCACCUCUUUCUCGUGUCUUCAAGCCUCAACUUUUUUUUCUUCCAAGAUGGAAACCUUUCUUCGUUCCCUUGUCCACCCUGGACCAUUCCCCCCAGCGGGAAAAUCAUCUUUUUUUGUCCUAAUGGACGGUUUCAAAGAAACCAUUUUCUUCGCAGCUUUGUCUGCUACAAUUUCUGCUGAGCAGAUGGGCGCGCCUGCUGCUCCAGCCUGUAACUCCUUGGGUCCCGUCAUAACCCAACAUCCUCAAAUUCAUAUCGUAGAAUAUGAAAAGAUGCUGCUUUUAAAUCGACGGUUGAUAACCGAAUGCGGUCUAGGAGCCUUCAAGAGCCCAACUUUUCUCCUGAACCCGUCUGCCGCCAUUCAUUCGAAAUUCGAGAAAGGCAGAACCCAUCUCCCCGAGAUAAUUGUCCAACCCGUCGAGUCCCUCGCUGCUGGCCAUAUAUUUGAUGUCAACCAGGAAUUCUUUCAUAUGAUCAAGACUGGUAAAGGGUAUCUUUGGCGUGGCUGGAAAGGGAAAUAUACCCCUUCAAAUCGAGAGGAUAAUGCGGUGAAACCUAGUGGCUCUGCUUUUGGACAAAGUAAGACCCCUGACGGUCAGGAAAUUUACUCCUGGUGUAAAUUAGACUGCUGUCGUCGAUAUUUCGAACCCUGCAAAGAGCGGGUGGGCAGUCAUAAAGUGGAAGUACCAGUAGAAGUGGAGGAUGGCCCAGAAUGGUGGGAGAUCGAGGAUGACGGAGGGGAGGAUGGGCUUGGCUACGGUUCUGGGGAUUCGGAGUAUGGUUCGGAUGAAGAGUCUGAUCACUCUGAUGAGGAAUCGGACGAGGAGGAUAGCGACGAUGAUGACGAUGAUGACGAUGAGGAGGAGGAGGAGGACGAUGAUGAUGACGGUGAUGAUGAUGAGGAGGAAGAGGAAGAGGGCAUAGAGGGGGUGGAAAAUGGCGCUGCAGUCGUCACCGAAAGCUUUCUUUGCGCUCUUCCCCGGCUUGAAUGCUGUCCUGCAAAGCUCGAGGCAAGCGCCUCAAGAUCCAACUCCACAUCAUCCAAUUCUUCCUUCAUCAUGUCCGACAAUUCGACCCCAAGCACCCCGCCGACGGUGCCCUGCACCCCGAUCAUGAAUUCUGUGGAUAAGCGGGACCUGGUGGAAAGAUAUAACCUUGGCCAGCGUUUUGAAAACGCGUUGGCAGCUCAUGUGAGCUCCCAAAAAUCGAGAGCCAGGGUCCAUCGCAUGCUCCCCGAGCUCGAUUUCCUGCGACAAGAUUCAGAACGUCAAUCCCUCCAUUUUGAGUGGAGUGGUGAUAAUCGCGGCCUUGAGGCCCUGAAUCUCGAGCGCGGGUGUCGGGUGAUGGGGGGUGGCGCACCUAUCACCCUUCUUCCCUUUCCCUCAAAUUCGGAAUAGAGCGAUACCCCCUCCUUGUAUUCCGAAUUCUCAUUCUCUCUUAUGUUCGGAGCAUUACGGCAGGUCGGAAAAAGGUGUUAUGUGUUUCCCUUUUUUAAUUGUACAGGAUGUCGUGGGGGUGGGUUACUCAUUCGGUGGAAGGCGUUUAUUCAUCGUUCUUGUUAGAUUACCUCUGGGUGUCAAUAUUACUAUUGUUUGCAAUUGAGUUU